GCCCUCAUGCCCGCCUUCUUCUUGAAAGCCAACACUCGUCUACUCUCUUCUUCUCUCAGAUACAGUUUCUCUACCGCAUCAACCUCUCACAUAUCCUUCACAUCUCGACUCAACAUGCCUUCGAUCAACGUCUCUCUCAAGGAUGGUGCCGACGCAUCUCAGCUUGACGCUGCCAAGAAGCAGGUCACCGACCAGGGCGGCAAGAUCACCACUGAGUUCAAGCUGAUCAAGGGCUUCACGUACGCUUUCCCUCCCUGGACCAUCGUCCCGCAUGAGCAACGACUGACACCACACAGCGCCGAGUUCCCUGAGGACAAGGUCCACACCCUUUCGUCCAACGACCACAUCAACGUUGAGAACGACGGCGAGGUCAGAACUCAGUAG